GAGACCAAACGAAACCAGUAAAUGAACACGUGUCCAAGUAUAAGGUUGUCGCCUCGGGUCAUUUCGACGGAAAAUUCGGUGUCUUGUGAUAAAUUCUCGUGAAAAACUGUUGGGAAAAGUGGGGAUACACGUGUGACACGUGGGACACGUGCCACGUGAGUGCAGCUGUGUCUCAGACUCCUGUCUUCAAACGCUAACUUACUAUCAGAUGUUGUUGCUAGGUUAAAUGCGCGCUAUCAUAGCGUGCAAAACUAAACAUCCGUUCAAUUCGCGACUGAUAAAACGAGGAUGUUUAAUUAAUUACAGUUGCUUUAUAAUAGUUUAGUGAACGUGGACAGUCUCCUUAAUUCAAGGAUGAAAAACGAUAAGGAUUUUCGUGAAAAUAAGGAAAAAUGUGAGUUCUUGUUUGUAGUAAUAGAAUUGAUCCCAUGAUGCAAGAACUAAGUUGAAAUAAUGUGGACGUUUCAAAAGGUUUUACACAAAUUGAACCAAGUGAACUUUGAUUGAAUUAAAUCUAUUCUGCUUUUAUGGUUGAGAUUAUAAAAUUAUUCAUCCCAUAAUGCAACAAUAAAGUUUGGAAUAAUGAGGACGUUUUAAAAGGUGGAACGUUUCAAAUAAUGGUUUAACACAAAUUAAAACUAGUGAACUUUCAUUAAAACACAAGGUGAUCCUUCGUUUCAUGACUGGAAUUAUUGAAAGAAAAACUUUUGUACAAAGCUCCAGGAUCUUUUCAUUCAGGGAAAAUGAACGAAACAACACGAAACGAAUCAUCACUGAUUCUAAACAAUAAUAACAACAACAUCAGUGAUAACAAUCAUAGUGCAAAAAGGAAACACCUGUCAAAAGAUACGGACACUCCGUCACCAUUGAAUCAUAGCGAUGUAGAUGAUACAGAAGCGGUUCUGCUAACCACUAGGAAGCGACUUCUGGCUCACCAUGUAUCUUCCGCUGAUAACAAUGACGACCAAGAUGAGGAUGUUGCUUUCUCCCUCAUCGUUGAAGAUUCAGGCGCCGCGGGACCGGCUGAUCUGACUUCUGAUGACGAGGACAGGCUGACAGGCCAUGGCACCAUAGCAUCGAUGGGAUCCUCUGCCGCCGGAGGAUCCUCAAACAGUGGCAACAAUUCGGGUUCCCCCUUCUCGCCUGGGGGCACAGGGGGACACCACCACCACCAUCAUCACCAUCAUCCGCACAGGGGCGGAUCCAACGGAAAUGGCGGUAAUGGCGGUCAAGGGUCUGCAGCUGCGGCUGCAGCAGCUGCAGCGGCUGCGGCUAUGGGGCAUACCACUGAUUUUCAGCCCCCUUAUUUUCCCCCACCAUUUCCCCCCGCACACCACCACCACCAGCAUCACGGCGGGGCCCACGGAGCAUCCGCCGCAGCCCAGAGCCCCGCCACGGCCGCCAUGGAUUACCUGGCCGACCCCUACAGUCAGGCCACCCUCAACAGUCUGCACCAGACGGCUGCCCAUCAUUACAAUCAGCUGACGGCCGCCGCAGCUGUGUCGGCAGCUGGGCAAAGGCAUGAUGUGCUCAGACGCUCUGACUCCGAUUCUCUUCAUGUGGGAAACAUGCAUACCUCAUUCCCUUAUGAAGGCAGGGGAGGUAGAGGGGACUAUCGUGGCCAACACCCAGGACUGGAUGAUCCCUUAUCCCUGCAUUCAGCCCUCUCGGCAGCAGUGGAUGACCAACAGAAUACCAACGUUGACGAUACGGGUUUCAUCAGUGAUCUACCUCUUCUCAAGAGCAUGAAAUCACGCUCAGAUUCCGGUGGCGGCGGGAAAGACGGUGGACUUCUCUCCGGUGUCUCCUCCUCGUCAUCCUCCUCAGACGUAUUCUGCUCCGUUCCUGGACGUCUCUCCCUCCUCUCCUCAACCUCCAAAUACAAGGUGACCGUCGGUGAGGUCCAGAGGAGGCUCUCUCCUCCUGAGUGUCUCAAUGCAUCGCUUUUGGGUGGCGUACUCAGAAGAGCAAAAUCGAAAAAUGGCGGAAGGCUACUGAGAGAAAAGCUAGAAAAAAUUGGACUAAACCUACCAGCUGGAAGAAGGAAGGCAGCUAAUGUAACUCUACUAACAUCUCUAGUCGAAGGAGAAGCAAUCCACCUAGCACGAGACUUCGGUUAUGUUUGCGAAACUGAGUUUCCAGCCAGGCAGGUGGCAGAAUACCUGACAAGGCAGCACGCCCAGGAUCCCGGAGAGUCCUACAGGAGGAAGGAACUCAUUCAUGCCACUAAGCAAGUAACAAAGGAACUGAUGGACUUGCUGAACCAAGACAGAAGUCCUCUUUGCAAUACGAGGCCGCAGCACAUUCUGGAUCCUGGCAUUCAGAGGCAUCUUACGCAUUUCUCACUCAUUUCACAUGGAUUUGGCAGUCCUGCCAUCGUAGCAGCACUUACCGCAAUACAGAACUUCCUGACCGAGUCGCUGAAGCACCUGGAGAAGCUGUACCCCUCAGGAGGCAACGGAGGCGGUGCUGGUUUGUCGGUGUCCUCCACCGACUCCAAGCAAGGGGGCAAGGACGGUGACAAGAAAUGAGGUUGGCUUAGGCGUGGCAUAGGGUCCACCGCAGCAACUGCUACAACGGAUCAUGGCACGCCACCUCAUCCUAGCACCACCAUAAGACACUCCUGGCCAUACAACUGACCGGAGGUGAACGAAGACUCAGCUGCACCAGUUGAGAAAAAACCAGAGACUCAAUACCCUCCAUCAAAAUAUGUUCUGGUCGAUGGAAAAAUUAUUGACAUUCCAAAAUACUUUGCUGACGAAAUUCAACGUCUGUCUUAAUACAGACUUCCAGUACAGAAUGAAACAAUCUUACUAUGGAGCUUUCAACGAAAUUUCAAGAUUCCAUACUCCUUGCGGAAAAAAUUGUGACCAACGGUUUUCAAGUGUCCUGAUACUAUAGUGUCAUCAGUAUUGAUUCUGACAGGCUUAUUCGAAUUAAGGCCUCAUACGGGUGUCUCAAACGAGCUGAAUUCUUUUCACUAGUUAACGGAAUGCAUUGUCUCUUAUGGGGUGAACUAUCCGAGAAAAUAAACGCUCC